GCAUCUGUCUUCAAAUCAGGAGAUUCUUGUAAAUUCACUGGAAUUCCUGGAGCCAUACGCAGGCCCAUCAUUUCGAUCGUCGAUGGAGAAAUUUCGUGUUGCCUUUGGUUCAGUGCCCACAAAUUUACACCUGCAGCAGUUUUCACUGGAAGGACAUUUGUACAAUUAUCUCACUCAUGGUGGCCUAACAAAACAGCGCAUUGCGCUACACAGCUCGAUUAACGACCCGAAACAAAUUGAUCACAUCCUCGAUUCGCGAUUCUAUCACAGGCGACGCAUUUUGUUGGGCGCCAAAAGUACCAUUGGCGAUUUGGCAAGACGCAUCGAAACGGACUGGCAUAUUGCCGAUUUUGGAAAAGUCGACAAAACUGGGGUGCAGCUGUUGGCCGAGAUAAAGCAAGUACGAUUGUUGUCAAAUUUAUAUUUUUUAAUAAAUUUCACCCCUGAAAUUUUGUCCGGGAAACGGAGGGAGUGGAUGUAA